AUGUCUCAGGUGUCCGUCCACAGCCGCUCGGGCAGCCUGGACGGCAACCUUUCUGUGUACGAGAACAAGGCCACCAUGCUCGCAUCCCUCCAGCAGAGACAGAACUGCGGCGCCAACCUGGGCCUGAGCGCCAGCCUGUACAACAGCCUCAACACCCUGCUGAGCCAGGCGCACAGCAAGCCGCCUCCGGAUGGUCCCACGUGCCCCCGGCCUCGGAACGACCUCCCCCGGGCCCUCAGCGGCAGGAUCAGCACCCAGCAGCAAGGGACCAACAGCGAUAACACAUCCAAAUUCAAGCAGCGGCUGCGCUGCGAGCGUGAGGAGCUCGAGGCUCAGCUGCUGGAGUACCAGCAGAGCCUGGAACGACUGAGGGAGGGCCAGAGGAGCGUGGAGAAGGAGAUCGAAGCCCAGCAGAGGCUGCUGCAGCGCUGGAGACACCACCGGCAGAGCAGCCUGCCCGUGACCAUACCGCUGUAUGGGUACAAGGUGUCCGGCCACAGCCGCUCGGGCAGCCUGGACGGCAACCUUUCUGUGUACGAGAACAAGGCCACCAUGCUCGCAUCCCUCCAGCAGAGUCACCCCCCCCCCCCCCCCCGCCGCCGCCCCGCUGACGACAACCACCAGCAGCAGCAGCAGCAUCUGCUCUCUGCCGUGUCAGGACAGAACUGCGGCGCCAACCUGGGCCUGAGCGCCAGCCUGUACAACAGCCUCAACACCCUGCUGAGCCAGGUGCACAGCAAGCCGCCUCCGGAUGGUUGCACGUGCCCCCGGCCUCGGAACGACCUCCCCCGGGCCCUCAGCGGCAGGAUCAGCACCCAGCAGCAAGGGACCAACAGCGCCUGCUUCAAGGCCUCCACCAUCAUCACUGUUCCCAAGAAGCCCAGGAUCACAGGACUGAAUGACUACAGGCCCGUCGCACUGACCUCUGUAGUCAUGAAGUCCUUUGAACGGCUAGUCCUGUCCCACCUUAAGUUCCUCACCGACCCCCCUCCUGGACCCCCUGCAGUUUGCCUACAGAGCCAACAGGUCUGUAGACGAUGCUGUCAACAUGGCCCUCCACUUCAUCCUCCAGCAUCUGGACUCCCCAGGAACCUACGCCAGGAUCCUGUUUGUGGACUUCACCUCUGCCUUCAACACCAUCAUCCCGUCUCUACUGCAGGACAAACUCUCCCAGCUGCACGUGCCCAACUCCACCUGCAAGUGGAUCACUGACUUCCUGUCCGACAGGAAGCAGCACGUGAAGCUGAGGAAACACGUCUCUGCCUCUCGGUCCAUCAGCACCGGUUCCCCCCAAGGC